AUGGAAAACAAGACCACAGUAAUUUAUUUUGUUCUCCUGGGAUUUUCAUACAACCUGCAAGUCCAGAUAUUCCUCUUCUUCACUUUUCUCUUGAUAUAUAUGGUAACUCUGAUGGGAAAUGUGAUGAUUAUGACAGUAAUAAGAAGCAACAGAAACCUCCACAGCCCCAUGUACUUCUUCCUGAGUCAUCUGGCUUUUGUUGACAUGUGUUAUUCUUCAGUCGUGGUGCCUAAACUGCUCAUGAAUUUCUGUGCAAGCAGGAGAAUUUCAUACCAUGGCUGCAUUGCCCAGAUGUUUUUCAUCUUUCUCUCCGGAGGUACUGAAGCAUUCAUUCUUGCAGCAAUGGCUUAUGACCGAUACACUGCCAUAUGCAAGCCCAUGCAUUAUGUGCAAAUAAUGAACAACACAUUUUGUAGAUUACUGUUAGGAGGUGCAUGGUCAAUAGGUUUCGUAUUUUCAUUGACAAAUGUAUUACCGUUUUUUAAACUAGUGUUCUGUGGUCCAAAUGUUAUCAAACAUUUCUGCUGUGAAUUCCCUUCUCUUGUUCCCUUAUCCUGCACAGAGACUUUUCCCAACAGGAUUGCAAUGUUUAUAACUUUUAUUGCAGUAACAGGUUCUUCAUUCUUUAUUAUUCUGGCAUCCUAUAUCCAAAUCAUCUCUACUGUCCUGAAGAUGCAUUCAGCAGCAGCUAAAUGGAAAACCUUCUCCACCUGCAGUUCCCACCUCAUUGUUGUAGUUUUAUUUUACGGUACUGCUGCCUUUAGCUAUAUGAUUCUCACCUCGACCUCCUCAAUCAUUGUGAAUGAUUUCUUUUCACUCCAAUAUAGCGUUAUUACCCCAAUGUUGAACCCCUUUAUUUACAGCCUGAAAACCAAGGAAGUGAAGGAAGCCAUCAAGAAAGUAAUUGGGUACUAA